GUGUUGCGAACGGUGACGUUCAUCGACAUAAAAUUGUAAACAUUCAUUCGAUUUGAAGCUUCCCAUUCCCAUCUCUCUCUGUCAUUUGACAUUCAUGUCAAAAAAUGUCAUUUGACAUGAAGACAUUUUCAAGAUACAUUCAUUUGACAUUCGCCAACCUGUAUGAAUCGUGAACUGUGUCGUAUUGCAAACGGCCGUAUUCAUGUCAAACUACAACAGAGCGUGCGGUGCAAAGGCUUUCAUUUCACUAGUUUUUGCUAUUUCACUAGAAUUCAGCGACGAUACACUUCAUAAUCCUCCGAUCGUAUCGAUUUGUGUUGUUCAAAAAAUGUCAAAUGACAUUCAGACUACAUUGUUUACAUUUCAUGUCAUUGCAUCAGCCCUGACGGUAGCGACACGAAUGAAUUUCGUUUAAUGACAGUCGUAUCGUGGAAGCAUUGAAUGUCAUCAGCCAAAAAUUAUUUUGACCGGCUGUUUACGGUGACUGUCAUGAAAAAUGUCAACAGUUAACAACACUGGUAACUGCUAACGGAUGGCGGUACUCAAAACACUCAAAAAAUACACUCAUUUUGCCGGAUGGCAUGUACUCAGUAAACAUUUCUUUAGAAAUCAAACAAUUAAUUUUCCAAAGCGAUGUCUGGAUACCUUUGGCUAAAUUCACAACUUACUGAUGUGGUCAGAGCAAUUUUGAUCACAUCAGAGUGAGUUUGUGUUUACGUAGAGUUCCAAAUCUAAGCUAUUGGCAUCAUCUAACAUGCUAGAGGAACAAGAAGACACUGACUCUUCAAGCUUUGGUUUUGUUGUACCCAGAAGAAAACAACCGCGUGUAUUGCGUUUUUUUAUCAACUGAAGAUGAAGAAACUAGUGAGCGAGAAGAAUAUCCAACAGUUCAAGAAGAAUGGUUCAAACCGCAACGAAACCAUAAAAGUUUUACGCAUUUUGCAAGUACAUUCGGGGCAAAAACCAAUAUAGAAAAAGUGAGAAAUUGUCGCACAGUUCAAGAUUUUUAUUCACUUCUGGUUACACAUUAAAUAUUUGAAUACAUAAGCGAACAAACAAAUAUAUUCGCAGCUCAGUCUAAUAACUCAUCGAAUCGUUCCAAAAAAUGGUACCCUACCAAUAAGGAUGAAAUUAAAAAGUUAUUCGGACUGCCCAUAUGGAUGGGCUUGGUCAAACUACCAGAAAUUCGCUUAUAUUGGAGUACAAAACCAAUUUAUGCACAAAGUUUCCCACGCAAGAUAAUGAGCCGUGAUCGCUUUGAAAUUUUACUAAAAAUGCUACAUUUUUCCAAUAAUGAACUUGAGGUUAAAUCGGACCGCCUUUCCAAAGUUAGCUACAUUAUUAAGGCUCUAAAUCAAAAUUUUCAAAAAUAUUAUGACCCUCCAGAAACUGUAUGCAUCGUCGAAUCACUAAUACCGUUCAGAGGGCGUAUCGUAUUUCGCCAAUAUUUGAAAAACAAAAGACACAAGUAUGGCACAAAAAUAUUCAAAUUGUGCUUUGGCUACGGGUAUACGUAUAAUUGUAGUUUUUAUGCUGGAAAAAUUCACGAAAAAGAAAAGACAGCCCCUGUAAACGUUGUAAUGAAACUGUCGGAGAAGUUGUUAGAUAAAGGUCACACUAUUUGCACAGACAAUUGGUACACUCUACGAACUCUACGAAGCAAUAGAAAAGAUAAUCCGAAGGAAAUUGAAAGUAGGCGAAUUUAUUGCAAAAGAAAACUCAAACGGAAUUACAGUAAUUAAAUGGAAAAAUAAGAGAGAUGUACUCAUGCUUUCCACAAAACAUUCAGACAAAAUGAUUAUAGCAAAAACCAAGAAUAGAUAUGUUUUGAAACCAAAAAUUAUUUAUUUAAACUCAAAAAAAAAAAAAAAUUGAGACAUAUCGCCAUAGCGCUGAACGUGUUAAGGAGUUUCGCGUGCACCAGUUAUCGAAGUCUUCUAGGGAAGCCUGGAGUAUGCGAUGGUCGUCUGGUCCCUGGAUUUACCGAAAGCUUUUGGUGUCGUCCGCGUAGAGCAGGUGAUUAUCCCCAGGAAGUAUCGUGGAAUCACCAUUUAUAUAAAGGACAAAUAGUAUUGUUGGAGCAACUGCUGGAGUCGAGUAGUUCGAAGCGGAGUGGAACAAAUCCGUAAAAUUUUUUGAACUUGCCCAGGCUGCAAAUGACAGCCCGAAAGACCAAUACAUCUUAAUUAUAAUACAUGGUUGACGAGUUCACUUGCUUUUAAUGCAUAUUUGUUGACUAUUUGGAAUGAAAUAUUAAAGAAAAUAUUGAAAUUUUGAUUUGCUACUAUUAAUAAACACGUUUCGUCUCAAUUCGGCUCGAAUUUCUUUAGAUUUGGCAAUCUAUACAAAACAACACGCUGUGGCAAACGUUGAUCGUGUUUCUUCUUCUGAAAGCUUCAUCUUCUUCAUGGUGGUAUUUUGACCGCAGCCGAUUGUUUACUUUCAGAUGUCAUAUCACACACAAAUUGAUAGCGAGCCAUUGUUGCAGCCAUAUCUUGUAAUUGAAGCGAUUUGUGAUUAAAAAUAGUUUUGUCGUCGUUGUUUUCGUGGAAAUCACUAUGAAUAAAAGUUUCUCGAAGCGUAUCAAAUAUAAUUCUUACUUGUAUCGCCACCGUGAUCGUUUGGAACAUGAAAACCAGAUAGAUGACGGUGCCGGCCCUAGUGGAACUUCCAAUGUAGCUGAACAAGGUAUGAAUUCUUCACAAGGCAGUGAUGCACUUGCACAGGAUAAUAUCGUCGGUGAAACUUUCUACGAAGGGGAAGCUGCUUAUCUAUCAGAAGCCGAUGAUGAUGUAAUCGACUAUUUAAUGGAAAGUUCGGAUGAUGAUAUAGAUCCAGCAGCAUCAGAUGACCCAUUCUCUGCUGAAGAUGCUUUGCGUCAAUGGGCAAUAUCAACAAACCAAACAUACGACUCGAUUGCCCAAGUGAUGGAUAUAGUUCGAAAAGUGAGUUCCUGUAACCUACCUAAAGACGCUAGAACCCUACUAAAAAUCAAUCGAAAAAUUUCGGCUGAUAUCCUGACGGUAGAAGGUGGUCAGUACUGGUAUUAUGGAGUGCAGAAAUGUCUCACGAACAAGCUAAGUAAUACAUCUCUGAAUUCGGACACCACACUCUUGCUUAAUGUAUCCAUCGAUGGUUUGCCGAUAUUUAAAAGCAAUAAUUUACAAUUCUGGCCGAUUUUAAUAAAUAUUCAUAACAUGCCAGAAAUUCCUGUUAUGAUUGUUUCAAUUUACAGCGGAACAAAGAAACCUAGCAUCGAAUAUUUUUUAAAGCAGUUCAUCGAAGAAAUAAACCUAUUAACUAGCAAUGGGGUACAAAUCAACGACGUGAGAGUUGAUGUAGUGGUACGCGCCAUAAUUGCCGAUUCACCUGCACGGGCGUUUAUAAAAGGUGUCGCCAACUUCAAUUCAUUUGAUGGUUGUUUGAAAUGCACUACCAAAGGUGUCAAAAUGCAAGGAAGAACAACUUUCCUUGAUUGUAGCGCACCAAAAAGAACCGAUAGACAUUUUAGAAAGCGGAAGUAUGGUGGUCAUCAUAAACUUGACUCGCCACUACUUUUGUUAAAUAAUUUUGAUCUUGUGAAGCAAAUAAUAGUUUGUGAUCAACUACAUUUGAUAGAUCUUGGUGUCACCAAACGGAUAUUGAUCGGCUUGUUGUUUGGUAAAUUUGGGUUUAAAAAAAAAUUGUCGUUUGCUGAAAUAACGACAAUAUCUGGUAUGCUAAUCACAAUCCAAUUGCCAAUAGAAAUCCAUAGAAAAUUUCGAUCGUUACACGAUGUGAGUCACUGGAAAGGCUCAGAGUUUUCAUCAUUUUUAUACUAUGCAAGUUUUUCGGUGUUGAAAAACAUCAUGAGUGAUGAACAGCACAAACAUUAUAUGUUGUAUUUCUGUAGUAUAACAUUAUUCUCCUCGAACAUCUACAAAGAACAUUGGCCGCUUGCUAAUAAUUUAAUUACUCUUUUUGUAAAAAAGUAUGUUGAUGUUUACGGAUCACAGUUUAUCUCGAGCAACGUUCACAAUCUUACACACAUAUUCGAAGAAGUAGAUGAAUUUGGUCCACUGCGGACGUUAUCUUCUUAUUUAUUCGAAAAUGCUCUACAACACAUAAAAAAUUUUUUGCGUAACGGAUGGAAGAGUUUGGAACAAGUUAUUAAUAGAAUUGCAGAACAAGAAGCGUAUUAUGUCCAUAAAAAAGAUGAUAUUUCAAGUUAUCCAUCUAUUAAACAGAGAGGUAACAUUACCACUCUCCAUGUUCGCAAAGGAUUUUGCUUGAAACCUGGACACCGAGAUGGGUGGUUUUUAACCAAAUCUGGAAAUGUUUGCCAGUACAUUAAUGUAGUUGCACAGGAAAAUGUAACAAGCCUAAAAAUAAUCGCCAGAAAAUUAAGCAACUCUACUCAUUGCUUUGAUUAUCCCUUUACAUCUAAGCUGAUUAAUAUGCACCGUGGAAAUCUCCGUAGCUUUGAGGAAACAGAAGUACAAAUUGAUUUACAAGAUGUGAAAUGUAAAUUGGUAGCUGUUCCUCUCCCAAAAGACAACGAAUUCGACUUUGUUCCGUUAGUUCAUACGUUAAUUGAAUAAAACAGAAAUGUACAUUUUAAAUUUAA